CAGCUGUCAAUUCCUUGCCGAAUCCAGCGGUAGACUGCUGCGACUCAGCCAGCCAUGGCCAGGCUCCCUCAAUGAUUGAGGUCAAGAGGGCUAGUGCCAAACUACUCCCCAAGUGGCCGAAUAUUGGCAGCUGGUGUUGAUAUCCCCAAAUACUUAAAUCCCCUCUUGCACGACCUGACAUCGUGUGGGUCGGUCCGAGCCAUUCUCUGUCUUCGACAAUCGAAGGCACAUCCACUCCAACUUGCCCAACGGCCCAUGAGCCGUAACUGACCACCAACCCAUCACCGCUUGCCCUUUGGUAAAAUCCCGCCAUGAAGCUCACGGCCUUGGCGCUCUUCGCCGGCCUGGCGCUAGGCGCCUUCAUCCCGCAAACCGUCCUCGACAAUGCACGGGCGGCUCAACACGGCUGUCUCGAUCGGGACAGCUUGUCGCUGAACGACACGGUGGGCAUUCUCAACUUUGUCGACCCGAGCAUCCUCUACGAAGACACCGACAACCCGAACAAAAAGCACUGGAGCGGCUACCUCACAACCACAAGCCACAAGGGCAUUUUCUUCUGGCUGCAGAAGAGCCAGAAGAACCCCAAAACGGACCCCAUCCUGGUGUAUCUCAACGGAGGUCCUGGCGCCUCCUCCAUGUAUGGCAUGAUGAUACAGUGGGGGUCUCGGAUCGUCCCGUACGGUGUCGACGGCCUAAUACCCAACGCGAACAACCUGAACGAGCGGGCCAACGUCAUCUACAUCGACAACCCUCUGGGCGUGGGCUUCUCACAGCCCCCACGUGCGGGCGAGGUCGGGACCGUGGAGCAGAGCACGGCGGACCUGAUCGAGUUCCUGCUGGCGCUGCGGGGGACCGACUUCAAGGGCGAGACGUUCGCCGACCAGGCGCUGCACGUGUUCGGCACGUCGUUCGCGGGGCACUACGUGUCUGCGCUGGCGCUGGCGGUCGGGAGCGCCGACAAGCCCACGCGCGACAAGCUCAAGCUAACGUCCAUCAUCCUCGGCAACCCGGCGCUCGACGACCUGCAGGCCGAGGACGGCGUGUACCAGAUGAUCUGCGAGAAGUCGCUGACCUUGUCGCCCGACUGGCUGCUCUCCGACGCCGAGUGCAAGACGUGGCACGAGGAGUCGAUCCCAAAGUGCCGCGCCGCGAUCUUGGCCUGCCGCGCCAAGGUUUCCGAGUGCAGCAGCCAGAAGAUCACUGUCGACGGCUGCAGCGCCAGCUCGCCGUUCAACUACUGGCAGCAACGGGGACUGGACCCGUAUGACCUGUCCGAAAAGCGCCCGUGGCAAACCGACCGCAAGGAGAACAUCAAGUGGGUCGACGCGUGGUUUAACAAGUUUGUCAGUCAGAUUGGCGCCGAAGGCACUUGGGCUAUCUUCCAACCUAAAGUGCGCGACGCCUUCCGUGCCAGUGGAGCAGCGUACCAGGACUCGAGCGUCAAGCUGGCCAGGCUGCUCUCACUCGAGGGAAACACCAUCAAGGUGCUGGCGUAUGCGGGCGACUUCGACCUGAUGACGCCGUUCCUGUCGCUCAAGAAGAUCAUCCGCGGGUUGCACUGGCCGCGGCAGCAGGAGGUGCAGGCGCAGCUCGACCGGCCCGAGACCAGCUACCUCCCGCUAGAGACGACGAACCUCAAGAAAACGUUUGGAAACUUCAUCGAGGUCGGACCGCUCAGGUAUGCGCGCAUCUACGGGGCCGGUCACAUGGGCAACGAGAAGAGGGCUGCCGAGAUCAAGGAGAUGGUCUACAAGUUCAUCGGCGCUCUGCCCAUUGGGAAGCUCGACAGCGACAAGCUCGAAAACGACUGGGAUCUGUAACUAGGGUGGGAUGGCGGGGAAUGGUGUUGUAGGUCGAAGUUCGAGGUUAAGGGGUUGAAUCUGAGCGGGAGAAGAGAGGCGCGGUUUUUAUGGGAGAUGACAGCAGCAGUUACUGAAUGAAUAAUUG